AUGGUCAAGAAGAGAAAGAACAACGGCCGAAACAAGAAGGGCCGAGGCCACGUCAAGCCCAUCCGAUGCAGCAACUGCUCGCGAUGCACUCCCAAGGAUAAGGCUAUCAAGAGAUUCACCAUCCGCAACAUGGUUGAGUCUGCUGCUAUCCGUGACAUCUCCGAUGCCUCCGUCUUCGCGGAGUACACCGUCCCCAAGAUGUACCUGAAGCUGCAGUACUGUGUCUCUUGCGCCAUUCACGGCAAGAUUGUCCGUGUCCGAUCCGUUGUCGGCCGCCGCAACCGUGCCCCUCCUCCUCGCGUCCGCUACAACAAGGACGGCAAGAAGAUUGUCCCCACUGCCCCUAAGGUCUAG